AUGGGGAGUUCUAAGGUGAUGGGUUUUGCAUUCUUGGUUUUGCUCCUCCUGGAUCUCUCCUUUGCUGCUAGAAUAUUGAAGGAAUAUGGCGCCGAUGGAGGUGGCGGAGGAGGUGGUGGUGGAGAGGGUGGCGGGGGCGGUGGUGGUUCCGCUAUCGGAGCUGGUUCAGGCUACGGUUCGGGUAGUGGUUCAGGGUAUGGUGGUGCUGAUGGGCACGGGUAUGCAAGUGGUGGAGGUGGAGGUGGGGGUAGCGGAGGAGGUGGCGGCGGUGGGAGAGCUGAAGCCCCCGGGUCUGGAUCAGGCUACGGUUCAGGAUAUGGAUCCGGUUCUGGUUACGGGAUAGGAAGUGGAGGGGGGAAAGGUGGCGGCAGCGGUGGUGGUUCCGGAUCUGGUUCAGGGCUACGUAUUUCUGAUCGGGAUAGGAAUGCAAGUGGCGGAGGUGGAGGUAGCGGUAGCAAAGACGUUAAGGGAAGUGCAUCAUCCGGGUAUGGAUCAGGGAGCGAAAGAGGGAGCGGAAGUUGGUACGGAAGCGGGAGUGGUGGUGGCGAAGGAGGUGGGGGAGGAGGAGGAGGAGGCCAUGGAAGUGGAGUUGGUUCAGAAUCCGGAUCCGGAUCCAGAUCCGGAUAUGGGAAAGGAAGUGGAUCGGGAUAUGGGUCAGGAAACGGCGGCGGGAAGGAGGGUUUACCCUGA